AGCCCCCGGCACCGCGCCGCUACGACCUCGUAGCAAUGUUCUAUUCACCUGUAUAAAUACCCACCGCUGUUGUAUUAUUUGACUCUAAAUUACAGAGUGGCUGUGUUGUUUUUGUGGACAUGACUAUUAUUAAGUGACGAUGAACGUUUUGUGCUGUGGUUUUAACCUGUGCCGCUUUUAACAGGAGAAUGUGGCGAUUAGCGCCACUAGUGACGCGACUCCUGAUCGUGUCACUGGUGGCGCUCGUGUUCGCGGACGGGGCCGACGGCACCUCUGUGGCGACGCUGACGCGGGGGCCCGCCCCCCGCCCCACGGCGCCGCUGCCCCGUAAGCAGCGCCCACGCAAGCGGCGCACCACCACCACUACUACCACCCUGGAGCCGGAGGAGGACGAGGAUGACGUCACCACGCAGCCUACCACCACCACUGUUGAUCCUAGGAUGUUUGACCACACGGAGCUGGGCACGUGCGAGGCGCCGCUGGGCAUGGAGAGCGGCAUGAUCUCCAACGAGUCGCUAUCGUCCAGUUCCAACUACGACCUCAGCGUGUCGCCACUCAGCUCCAGGAUACGGAGCGAACUGCGCGGCGGCGCGUGGUGUCCCAACGGGCUGAUCUCGCCGCGCAGCCGCGAGUACCUGGAGAUCGACCUACAGGACGAGUAUCUCAUCACCGGCACGGAGUCUCAGGGUCGGUUCGCCAACUCGGUGGGAGUCGAGUUCGUCGAGAGCUACUCGGUCGAGUACUACCGUGCUGCUCUCAAUCGAUGGGUCAAAUACAAGGAUUUUAAUGGUAGCAGGUUGAUACCUGGAAAUGUGAACACGUACACGCCCCGGAAGACGAUAUUGGAGGCGCCGUUCGUCGCGUCGAAAGUCCGCUUCUUUCCUUACGCUGCCCACCCCAGAACGGCGUGCAUGAGGGUCGAACUUUACGGGUGUCUGUGGAAACAAAAUCUAGUUGCCUAUUCUGCGCCCAAGGGUGGAGAUAUGCAGGCCAUGACGGGGGGAGCGCGGUUUGAGGACCUGGCAUACGACGGCGUGCAGCGCGACGGCAGACUUCUGGAUGGGCUCGGCCAGAUGACGGACUCGCUCUUGGGUCCCAACGAUUUUGAACAACCUGACCCUUUAGAUACACAAGGGACUCGUUGGGUUGGCUGGAACAAAUCAAUGCAAGCGGAUGACGAAGUUGAGCUCACGUUCAAUUUCAGCACGACGCGACUGUUCUAUCAUGUUGACAUCCACACAAACAACAUGUUUACCAAAGAUGUGCAGUUAUUCAAAGAGGCCGAAGUAUACUUCUCCCUGGAGGGAGAGAGAUGGCAAGAGGAGUUCAUUUCUCACGAGCCGAAGCAGGACCGUGUGUCGGAGCACGCACGUAUGGUGCACGUCCCGCUGCAGAACCGCACGGCCAAGCACCUCAUGCUGCGGCUCAAGUUCCAGCACGAGUGGAUCCUCAUCAGCGAGAUCACCUUCAAGUCAGUUUCCACCGUGAUAAACGCCUCAGCGGAAUUCCUGGACGAAUACUACCGCACGGACAUGCCGCCGUCGUCACGCAAGAAGCGCAACUCGUCGUUGCGCGUGAGCGUGGGCCUUGCGUGCGGCGCGCUGGUCGGCGCAGGCGCCUUCAUCGCCGCCACCGUGGUGCUACUAGCUAAGAGGACCAGGCGGAGGAUACCCAACAUGCUGAAGAAACCGUUUUGCCCGUCGCUACGGAACGCUACGUCUAACUCUAGGAACAACCGAAGGGCCCCACGGCUCGCGUUGGCUCUUGCUAAUUGUCCGCCUAUACACAUGCUCAGGCCUGCAGUCGUCGAUGAGGAUUAUAGAGAGCCCUACAAUAUAUGGAGGGAGACCCUCGGCCGGCGCGACAAGCACGACGCCCAUGAUCAAAACGAAUACAACGAAAUCUGCGAAGACCCAGAAUUCCCGCGCCCCUACAUGAUGAAACGCCCCGACCCACACGAGAGCUUCUACGCCGCCACUGACAUCAUACACCAUACAUACCCUGAAGAGCGGACCUGCCGGCGCGAGCGGCCAGCGCCUGGGCUCUUUACGUCCAUAAAGCUGCCGGAAGCGGAGCCCCCAAACGGAGUGGCGCCCCUGCUGGACUUCCCGCGGGGGCGCAUGCGACCAGUCACCUUCCUCGGCGAGGGCCCGUAUGGCAGUCUCCAGAUAUGCGAGACGGAUGGUAUCGAGGAGCUGAGCGACGAGGAGUCUCCGAGCGGUACCCGCCGCCGCCUUGUAGUUGUCAAGACUCUCUGGAGAGGCUGCCAUAACGAUAUCAAGGCGGCGUUUGCCAGAGAAGCGACGUGGGGCGCUGGGCUGAAGCAUCCACAGCUCGCCAGAGUGCUCGGCUUGAGUCUGCUCGAACCCCCGUGCGCUGCGCUCGACCGCGGCAACGCUGCACCCUUGCCUACGAUAUUGAAACCGGGCAACAAAUUGAACUAUUCGAGUUUGAUUCACAUAUGCUGUCAGAUCGCAGCAGGCAUGAAGUACCUGGAAUCAUUCGAGUUAGUACAUCGGGAUCUUUCGGCGCGCAACGUAACAGUAACUGAGGAGCUGAGCGUCAAGGUGUCUGACUACGCGAUGUUCUGCGAUGAGUUCGUGGGCGACUACCACGUCAUGGCCGACGGAUCGCGGUUCCCCCUGCGCUGGAUGGCCUGGGAGAGCCUGCUAAUGGGCAUGUAUUCACCUGCUAGUGACGUGUGGUCAUUUGGAGUCACCGUGUGGGAGGUGCUGACGUACUGCACGGCUAAACCUUUUGAAGAGAUGGACGAUGACCAGGUGGUGGCAAACGCGAGCGAGUGGACGCGGGGGCGCGGCGCGCGCGUGCCCGCGGCGCCGCCGCCACGCUGCCGCCGCGAGCUGUACGACCUCAUGCACGAGUGCUGGCGGCGCGAGCCCGCGCAGCGCCCGCGCUUCCACGACCUGCACCGCUAUCUCGAGCGCAUGACGCACGGCUUCAAGCCCCCGCACGCCACUCUUCGGUAAACACCUAACAGCCUCCGCGACCGUCAUCGCUCACCGAUCGAUCUCAUUACAUUAGAUAGUCUUUUAAUAUACUUCCCACUGAAACCCUCAUCCAGCUAGUAUUAUAUGUUUAGUUUAUAAACGCAAUGCAUAAUUUGACGGACUUUCAGUCUUUACUGUUGUUCGUCGUGCUCAGAUUACAUUAUACAUUGGCGUCCAUGUCAACGAUCUAUGUAGAGUUCUAGGUUCGAAUAUUCAGUGACGCUCGGCCUAACCGAUUGACUAGCAAAACUGAAUCGAUUUCUGGACUGCUCGAUGUGUCCAUCAUAAGAAGCAUCAACAUUUUAUAUCAGUCCAAAUUAUUAAAUUGGGAAAUAAUAAUUAAUUCGUAAGACUUUGUUAAACUGUCAUACCUACUCGUGUUUUGGAUAUUUUGACGACAGACUGAUAGGAAAAAUCGAGCAGUAUUAAGUUCAGUAUUAAAUUUACAAUAGGAUAGGUAGUAGGUUAGAGCGUGUUGCAUGUAACACGCAGCUUUGCAUUUCGCUGCGCACUGGCCGAGAGCUGGUCUCCGCGCCGGCGCCGCGGCCAGUGCGCAGCCGCGAUAAAGGGCAAUUUUAAUAAUAUUAAAAACCUUGGCAUUUCGAUGUCAGUACCUAAACCACGCAUCGUGUGCCGAGGUUUGCAAGCUAGACGUAGGUUUUUGAAUUACUUCCUACAUGUACAUUAUGCAUGCCUUUGUAUUAUUUACUUGAUGAUUGGUUCAUAUUAUCAGUGUUUUGGAAGCGAUUCAGAAACCCACAAGUCCCUUCAGCGUUGCUUCUCUAUACGGCUUGGAUACUCGUCAAUUAGAUCAAGUUACUGCGGUCAUAUGUUAUUGCGAAUUAUACUUUUUUGUAUUGUACCUAUUUUAAUGAUUAGGAAAUGAUAAGAGUACCUACUUACAUUGCCAAAUUUCCACCUUAAUCUAAAUCUUCACAAAGCAAAAAAUAUCCAAGAUUUUAUAAUUUCCGCGGCCAAUGCGCAAUCAUAAACUCUUUCUGAGGAGCCAAGCCGGCAAGAGGAUCAAUAUUGUGUAAGUAAAUGUUUCACACACUAUUUCCGCGCCCUUCGCCUAGCGCCCCACGAUCUUCCACUCACCGCCUUUACGGCAACCCUACUGGGGCUGCUCGAGUACUGGCUGCGGCUCGUCGCUGCAGUCGCCUUCUUUGAUCAACCAGGGCCUUAUAUUAUAAAAUAUCAAAUAUUCAAAAAAAAUAUUAGUUUUGUGCGCUCAGAAGGGCCACAGCACAAUACUUGUGUGCAAGCGCAAUGCAAAACUGUUCAUAUUGGAUAUACAUUCGAUAUUGAAUUAGUUCUGCUAAUACGGCCUCCGGUAACUGACUUGAAAGCGACUUUAGUCAUGAGCUUUAUUUAUAAUAUAAUUGAUUCCUGUACUCAAGUAGCCCCUUCCUAGUAUAUCCAAAUCUAAUCCUAUUUUUUUAACCUGUUUUAAAUGUUAAGGUUAUUAUUAUACUUCGGAGACGAGUCGUCUCCAGGGCGAUGUUCGCCCCCUGUGCUUCUUGUUUUCUUCGAUAGGCACUCAAAGGUUGCGCUCACACUGCAUCCGCAAAUAUCGAUAUUACCUACGACUAAGCGAAUUUAAUAAGAGAGAUAUGUAUUUUAAUAGUGAAUCGAGACGAUCGACCACGACCGUAGUAAUGGGCCAAUUUAACUGAGGGAAGAUGUUCUGCUUAUAUCCAUAUUUCCGGACGCCACGUGUGAUCAGAAUAUCUGAAGGUUGGAUGAAGCCGAAUUAUUCGUGUUACUCUAUAGCUGCCUAAUAUCGUAAUAAUAAUAAGGAAUGAUUCAAACAUAAUUAAAUCUAUAUGAAUGUUCUGUGUCAUCAAUGUUCAGUGUAAGGGUAUUCUAAGAUCCCUAACAGAGCGGCAACAUUUUAUUGACAAUUUAUCUCAAUAAAAGUAUGCAUCUCCAAGAAAAGCACUAAUUUUCAUUUAACCUGGCCCUUUAGCACAAUUUACCUUGUCGCGCGCGAGUCCAUACAUCAAGCGCGACUUCCAGUAUGGAGUCGCGCGCGACAAGGCAAGUUAUUCUAGAGGGUCUGGUGUUUGGAUCAACUCUUAAACUAUUAUUUUAUUGUUCUUUUACAUACGCAGUUUUUACGCUACUUGACUGUACCUACCUACUAGUAUGUAUAGUUUAGCUGU